AUUAAAACUGAACAUUCCGAAGCAUACCGGCCAGUAGUUUGGCGUGGUCUUAAGAAGCGAGAUCCAUUUACGGAUUUCAGAGAAACAAAAUGAGUGUCUCCGCAGCCUUCACGUCGAGCAAAAUCGUCCCUGAAGUCAUCCCCACCGCUCCCACCGGGACUAUUGAUCUGAAAUACCCAAGCGGCGCGGAAGCGGCACUCGGCAACGAGCUGACUCCCACCCAGGUGAAGGACCAGCCGACCGUCCUCUAUGAGGCCGACAACAACGCCUACUACACACUCGUCUUCACUGACCCCGACAACUACGACGGUCCCGAGCCGGUGUACCGCGAGUGGCACCAUUGGCUGGUGGUGAACAUCCCCGGCAACAAGGUCUCCCAGGGCGAGGUGCUGUCCGGCUACAUCGGCUCCGGCCCGCCCGCCGGCACCGGCAUACACAGAUACGUCUACAUCCUCUACAAACAACCUGGCAAACUUAACUUCGAUGAGAAGAAGCUGACCAACAAGUCAGUAGACGGCCGCGCCUCGUUCUCGACCAAGAAGUUCGCGGAGAAGUACAACCUGGGCGCCCCCGUCGCCGGCAACUUCUACCGCGCCCAGUUCGACGACUACGUACCGCUGCUCUACAAGAGCUUGGGUGCUUAAUUAAUAAAUAUUUAUUUGUA